AUGGCAGCUGCAGAAUUAUCGUCGUCCACUGAAAUCAAAAAGAAGCCGAUCAGCUUUGCAAACAUUGCGCUUGGUGCAGGUCUUAACCUUGCUGAAGUGUCUACGUUAGGUCAACCAUUGGAAGUUGUAAAGACUACCAUGGCUGCCAACAGAAACUUGAAUCUUUUACAAGCAACAAAGACCGUGUGGUCAAGAGGUGGUGUCUUUGGAUUCUACCAAGGUUUGAUCCCAUGGGCAUGGAUUGAGGCAUCCACCAAGGGUGCUGUGUUGCUUUUCGUCUCCUCUGAGGCCGAAUUCCAAUUCAAGAGAUUUGGAUUCUCUCCAUUCAUUUCCGGAAUGGGUGGAGGUGUCUCAGGUGGUCUUGUUCAAGCCUACAUGACUAUGGGUUUCUGUACCUGUAUGAAAACAGUUGAAAUAACCAGAGCCAAGCAAGCUGUCGUACCUGGUGUUGCACAACAAACUUCAUUCCAAGUAUUCAAGGAAAUUUACGCCAAGGAAGGUAUCAGAGGUAUUAACAAGGGUGUCAAUGCUGUUGCUCUUCGUCAAAUGACCAACUGGGGUUCAAGAUUUGCAUUCUCAAGGUUGGCAGAAGACUUCAUUAGAAAGAUUCGUGGAAAGAGCGAUCUGGAAAAGUUAUCUGCACUUGAAAAGAUUGGUGGUUCCGUAAUCGGUGGUGGUCUCUCCGCUUGGAACCAGCCUAUCGAAGUUAUUAGGGUUGAAAUGCAAUCCAAGACUAACGAUCCAAACAGACCAAAGAAGUUGUCUGUGGGAUCCGCAUUUGCAUACAUCUACAAGCAAAACGGUAUCAAGGGUUUGUACAGAGGUGUGGCACCUAGAAUUGGGUUAAGUGUCUGGCAAACCGUGUUUAUGGUUGCCUUUGGUGACAUAUUGAAGCAGUUAUUCAAGACUGACGGUGGUCAUUAA